AUGGAAUCAAAAAUAGUCGUAUACGAUCUAACAGUGUCCAAGAUAUGGUGUACAAUGUGUGCUAACAAAAUCAAGUCAAGUUUUGAAGGACAACCAGGGAUCCAAUAUGUGCAGGUAAAUGUUAUGGCUGAAAGAGUCAUAAUUUCUUUUGAUUAAAAUAUUAUCACUAUGAAUUAAAUCAAGGAGAUAUUUGAGAAAAACAACUUCUUCAUUGUUGGACAACCAAGAUUAAUUAAUAAUGAUUCUAAUUAACAAAGAACUUGCCAAUUCUUCUUCCCAAAUGCUGAGUACGACCCUGAAGAGCUUGCUGAUAUAAGAAAUAAUCUUAAUAAAGAGUAUUAAGGCGGAUUGAGCGGGAUACAAGAAUUACCUUUUAAAUACAAUAAAUAGUCUGGAUAACUAAUGUCAAUUAAUUAUUAACCACUAUCCAUAUCAGGACAUUAAUUGAAGCAAUUUAUUGAAACAUUUGUGAAAGAUAAGAUAAUAAAAAAUGAUGAGAAAGAAAACUUGGACGCUGAUUUGAGUCUAAUUAUUUAUAAUUAAUUAUUGGAAAAAUUUAGGAAAAAAGAACGACUUGUUGAAAGUGUCACUUAAAAAAAAUUAAUUUUGGCAAUAACUUUAAGUGCUUUAUUUUUCUUAUUAUGUUCAAUUAUGCCUCAUUUUGAAUUCUACUCACCUGUUUUGACCUACCCUAAUGAGAAAUCUAUCUUUAGCGUAUAUUUAAUUUUCAUUUUUGUUAUGACAACUUUGACUCUAAUGAAAUUUGGUACAUAAACAUAUAAAAAUGCCUAUUAAUUGUUUGUAAAAUACAAAAUGUUUAAUAUGGAUACAUUAUUGACUUUAGGUUCAUUAGCUGCUUAUGUAAUGAGUAUUUUUAUGCUAAUUGUAUAUACAAUCGAGAGUGAAAAAUAAUCUACAGACAAAUAUGAUUAAUUAGAAAGAAUCAUGAAUGUUAUUCAUGACUUAGAGUCAGCUGGCUUAAUAUUGACAGUGAUAACUAUAGGAAAAUAUUUUGAAGGUAAAGCUAAAUAAACAAUUAUGGAUAUGCAGAAUCAGAUAUUCCCAUAAGAAUAAUUACUAAAAACUCCAAUAGUAACCAGAGUUUAAGUGAAAAACUAGGAUUAUGACAUUGAUACAUAACACCCAUGUGAAGUAUCUUUAUUGGAGAAAGGAGACUUGAUCAUUCUUUAGAAGAAUAUGAAAUUAUUAGUUGAUGGUGUCAUAGUAAAAGGUUCAGUAACAGUAGUAGAUUCAAUAUGUUACGGUUGGGAUGAUAAAUUCGAAGCCACUAUAGGUAUGCGACUGAAAUCUGGUGCUGAUAUUUUGGAUGGCUCCUGCAUAUUCUAAGUAGAGUAGGUGAUAGAGGGUUCGAUGUUAUUUCAAAUAGCCGAAUAAUUAAAUUUAGCAUAAUCAGAAAGGGAAGACAAAACCUUCGGAAUUUCAGCAAUGUUGCAAUCUUUAUCAUAAAAGUUUGUACUUGGUGUUAUUUGUGCAGCUCUAUUGGUGUUAUUUGUUUGGGUGCUUUUGAUUGGUUUAGACUUAGUAGAGAUUGAUGAAUAUUGUGUGUGGUGUUUCCCAUUCGAAAGAGCCAUAUCAAUACUGGUUGCUUCAUGUCCUUGUGCAUUAGGUCUGGCAGUUCCAUCUGUUGUUAUAAUUACUCUUAAUUUAGCGUUGAAGUCUGGAAUACUAGUAAAAAAGAAUACUAUUUUUGAAUAAAUCAGUAAAGUCAAAUGCGUAAUAUUUGAUAAGACUGGAACUUUGUUUACCAAGGUAGAUCACAUAGAUUCAUUUACUCUAUUAUCUAAGAAUCAGACAGAGAUUUGUUCAAAGAAUUCAGAUAAAACAAUAAUGAAGGUGAAACAAUUCUAGAGAUCCUUAGUGAUGUCUGAUCCUAUUGAGACCAAGAGAGAACAAUAAUGUUGUGAAGGUACUCUUUAAUCAAAACUAAAAUACAAUCAGACAUUAUCUGUCCAAGAUUUAUGGGCUAUUAUAAGUAUAUUAGAGAAGGAGUUCACUCAUCCAAUUGCUACAUUGUUAUUUAAGGAGUCUAUAUCUAGAUAGAUUGGUAAAUAGAGUACUUUUGUAUUGACAGAUCAGCCAAAAUUAGAGAAGAAUGGAAUUAUAGGAAAUGUAACAAGAACUACUGAUAAAGCUUAAUUUAAAUGUUUGAUAGGAAAUUUAAAACAUUUAGAAAAUAAUAAAGCAAUUUUAGAAGAUUAUCUAUUAAAUAAAUGUAGAUUUUUGGAAGGCAGAGGAAAAACAGUGAUAAUAAUGGCUAUUGAUAACAUUCCAGAGGUCGUGGUUUGUUUAGAUAAUAAGACUAAUCUGAGACCUGAAGCCAAGGCAGUGAUUCAAUAUUUGAGAGAAAAAUUAAAGAAGCAAGUGUAUAUUUUAUCUGGAGAUUCUUCGAAAACAGUCACUUCAGUUGGUAAGUAUUUAGGAAUUCCAUCAAUCAAUUAGUUUUCUGAAAUAGAUGCAGAAGGAAAGCAGAGGAUUUUGAAAGAACUUAGAGAGAACAAUUAAGAAGUGAUGAUGAUCGGAGAUGGAUUAAAUGAUAUCUUAUCAUUACAAUAAGCAUGUGUGGGAGUAGCAAUCAAUGCAAAAUCUGAAUUGAAUUUAAUGGCAUCUGAUGUAAUUAUGUUGAAUGAAAAUCUAUGGAAGGUAGCUUCAUUAUUCAAUCUAAUGAAUGUUGCUCUUAAAGUUGUCUACAUCAAUUUAUUAUGGGCAUUUGCUUAUAAUAUUUUUAUGGCUCCUAUUGCUGCAGGAGUAUUUUAUGGACAAGGAUUCACAAUAUCUCCAAUGAUCUCAUCUACUGCUAUGUCCUUGUCUUCCAUUAUUGUCGUCCUUAUUAGUAAUUGUAUGCGAUUCAUCAAAUUUGAUCCAUCUCAAUAGUUGAGUCUAAGAAAGGUGUAGGAUGAAAAGAUAAGUGAGGUGUCUCAAUGCUCUUAUGAUUCCUAUAUUGAAGUGAAUAGUUCUAGCUAAUCAAACAGAAAAUCAAAUGCAGAGAAGAUUAUAACAAGUUGA